GCCGAGUUGUCCUUGAUAGGAAGAGGGGAUAGUCGCCCCCGCACAUGGUGCACUCUUCAGUAUUUUCUCUCCCCCGCAAAAAAAAAAAAAAAAUUGCCCCAAUAAACUAAGAUUUUUUACGAAAAAUUAAAUAGUCUUAGGAGCCUUAUUAGUAUAUUACCCAGCAUUGAGAUUGGAGGAUCAGGAGGAGGAGGACAUUCAUUAACAAAUUCAGCCCCCUUUCUUUUGAAAAAGAGGAAAACGCUUUUCGUUCGUGUUUUGAUUGGGGGGGGGGGUUGGUUUUCCAUGACUCCCCUGAGGAAUGAAGACGCCGUCCUCCAGGAACUGUGAGGCACAUGGUCUGCGACUUGCCAUGUGCUGCUGGCGCUCUCUCUCGUUCACUAGUUUCCGACGUCCUGGCUUCCUCCCAGAUUCUCCCUUUUGUUUAAGGAAGAAUUUCUGCUACGGAUCAGAUCACCUUUAAAAAAAAUCCACUGUUUUCUAGGAAGUUGCUGAUGAGGAGUCCUGCGUACUGUGGUAGAGGCAGCCAAAUCCGGAGUUUCUGUCCUCAGCUUAUGUGAGAAAGGGGACGUCAUGAUUAUGGAAGAGACCGGCAAAAUCUUUAAGAAAGAAAAAGAUAUGAAGAAAGGUAUUGCCUUCCCUACAAGUAUAUCGGUAAAUAACUGUGUCUGUCACUUCUCCCCCUUGAAGAGUGACCAGGAUUACAUCCUCAAAGAUGGUGAUUUGGUUAAAAUUGACCUGGGAGUCCAUGUUGAUGGCUUCAUAGCAAAUGUAGCACACAGUUUUGUCACUGAUGCAUCGAAGGAAACUCCAGUGACAGGUCGCAAAGCUGAUGUCAUCAGAGCCGCCCACCUCUGUGCUGAAGCUGCUCUGCGCUUAGUGAAGCCUGGAAAUCAGAAUUCACAAGUGACAGAUGCCUGGAACAAGAUUGCUCACUCAUUUAACUGCACACCAAUUGAAGGGAUGCUAUCACACCAGCUAAAACAGCAUGUGAUAGAUGGAGAGAAGACCAUAAUCCAGAACCCCACAGACCAGCAAAGAAAGGACCAUGAAAAAGCGGAAUUUGAGGUCCAUGAAGUUUACGCCAUUGAUGUUCUCGUUAGCACUGGAGAAGGAAAAGCAAAGGAUGCAGGGCAGAGAACUACAAUUUACAAAAGGGACCCUUCCAAGCAGUAUGGUUUGAAAAUGAAAACUUCCCGUGCCUUUUUCAGUGAGGUGGAAAGACGUUUUGAUGCUAUGCCAUUCACACUCAGGGCAUUUGAGGAUGAAAAAAAGGCCAGGAUGGGGGUAGUAGAAUGUGCCAAACAUGAGCUGCUCCAGCCUUUUAAUGUCCUUUAUGAGAAGGAAGGAGAGUUUGUUGCCCAGUUUAAGUUCACGGUGCUUCUAAUGCCCAAUGGUCCCAUGAGGAUAACCAGUGGGCCCUUUGAGCCUGAACUCUACAAAUCAGAAUUUGAAGUGCAAGAUGUAGAACUGAAGGCACUUCUACAGAGCUCAGCAAGUCGUAAGGCUCAGAAAAAGAAGAAAAAGAAGGCUUCCAAGAAUGCUGAGAAUGCCACAACAGGAGAAACAGCAGAAGAGAAUGAGACUGGCGACUGAAAGGCUCUCACUUCCUCUGCAUAGCACCUGAUUCUUUCUCUCACAUGCCCCCACUCAAAACAAGAGAAACAAGUAUCCCUUAAUGGCUGUUUGUCACAUAGGACCAAAUGACAAAUGGCCUGGACUUCCCACAGAGAGCAACCAUCUGUGACUGACUUUGCCACUGAGGGAGGCUUCUCUUGGCCACUUCAGAAUACUCAAAAGUGUGAAAUAAUAAAAUCAGGAGUAAAAACUAGUCUAUAUCCAAUCUUUCUAGCCUUUGAUACUACUUGUGCUCAUUAAAGGUGAGCAAGUAAAGUUGUGAGCAAGAGAGGGAGCUUUCUUCUAGCUCCCCCUGCCCCCUUUCAUUCCUUUUUACAGGUACUCUGAUUUCUCUGAAAAAUCCUUUGGCAUAUUUUCACAGCUGUUUAGACACGCAGAAAUCCAUCUUGGGUUUAGAAUUGCAUCAUAUGCGUUGGCAUAACUUGCAUGCCCUUCAUUGUUCUGAUCUUCAGUCAUUUUCCCUCUGCUUAACUUGUAGCACAUUAUUUAGGCUUUUUUGUGUUUGUCAUUUUAAACCCUCAACUCAUUUUUAAAUUUGGCAGGAAGCUGGUUUAAAGAUUAUUCCUAUGUAGGUGAUGUCAAUUUGUUUUGACAAACCUUUUCUUUUAAUCCGUUUAUGUGAUCCUUCUUUUUAAAAAAAUUACCCCUCUAGGGCAAAGAUAUGUUAAAACUUUUCCAAAGGCCAGAGGCAAUAAAACUGAUCUCUGCAGGAGUCCAUACACUCUCAGUUGGAGCUUUAUGACAUUUUAUUCAUUUGUAUUUACCUAUCCUGCAUGCACUUGCUUUCCAUGGACUCCAGCUUGCCACUACCCUGGUUGAUACACUGUGUAACGCAGGAUUUUUCAGAAGAAUCCCCUCCAUACAUCUUUUUUACAUGGAUGAAUGAAAUGCUACAAAAGUGGUUGGACCUGGAAUAAACUUCAUUUGUGGGAAUGUCUUUUCUAUAGUACAUCUUUUUAAAUUGUCCAAUUGAAUUGUAUAUGAUUGUGUGGGAUUUUUUUUCUAUUGUAUUCUAAACCAGGCCCUGUCCAGGCACUUAAUGUAGCUGAAUUGAUGCCUGUAAAACUGCCUUGUAAGGAGGGAGAGCAUUUGUGCUCUCUGGUAGACAAAGUCUUUCUGACCAAUAUAUCUGGAGUUUAAUAUUUAAAAAUACUACAGUUAUUACCAAAGUUUAAGUCUGUAAAAGGAAAUAAAAAAGUGUCAUUUUUUCUGAAAAAUAUUUUCCAUCACUCUUUGUAAACUUUCUACUUUAAUUUCUAGUUUGUUCUCUUGCUCUUUUGUAAAGGUCGCUUUCAACAGGGAAGUAAAAUGGGGAACAUGUUGAGUGAAGGUUGAAUCAUAUGGAAGUAAUGAGCUUGAAGGAUCAUGCACAAGACUUGCAGUUAACUGCCAGUUUAGUUUUCAGCUGCUCCCAAUUGUUAACCAUGAACUUAAGGAAAAUGAGGGGGAAAACACAACUUGUUCCUAACAAGGAACAUUUUAGCAUUUAUAAGUAAUAUGUUUUCUUAGUGCCCUUCCAUAACGGAAAGGCUAAGUUCAGCCACAUUAUCAGUUUAUAAACCACUAAGAUUUGCUGGCAGUUUAUUUAAUUUUCUAUCUUUAUUUUGAAACUUCAAAGCAAUUGUAUCUCUUGAUUUAAAAAAUGCAGUUCAAAAUUUUGAAAGAAAACUCCCAAAAAUUGUUAUGUAACUUGAUUUUUUUCCAAAUAAAAUUGAUUAGUGACACCUA